UGCAGACCUCAUGUGGGUGUGGACGUGUGUAACUGUGUUUAGAGAAGUUGUGAUGUUUAAUACUGUGUUUCCAGGAACUAAGAGGAACUUUCAGUCAGGAAGUGCACUUUUUGUGAGGGUUUUUGUGUGUGUGAGUGUGUGUGUAAGAAAGUGUGUGUGUGUGCUGUAAAUGUAAUAAUGGCAGAAAAUCAAUCGCCUGGAGGUGUGGAGGUGGACGUGGGCUUCCUGAAGUCCAGGAGAGGCCUGCUGAAGAUCUCAGAGCUGGUGGUGCUGUUUGUGGCGUUUGUGUGUUUUGCGGUAGCUGCCAGGCCGGCGUACAUCGCAGUCGCAUGUGUAGAGUUCAUCGUUACACUCGCUCUGCUGCUGCUGUACCUCCUGAAGCUCCACAAGAUCUUCACCUUCUUCUUCUGGCCUCUCAUCGAUGUGUUCAACUCAUUCUUUGCAGCGGCCUCCAUGGGUAUAAUCAGCAUCAUCGCUAUUUCCACUUACACUGUUACAGGCACUAUAGUUGGAGCGGUAAUGGGUUUUGUGGUGAUGGUUUUGUGGUGUGUGGACGGAUAUUACCUAUUCAGAAAAAUCACCUUUAACCAGCAGAGAGCAGUGCAAUCCUGAGAAAAUUCAAUAAUCACUUCUUUUUUCACAUUUAAAAUUUUAUGAUUUAGAAUUUUGGAGUACGGAAUUAGCUAUGGUACAGCGCCCCCUAAAACGCACAAGGUUACAUAUAUUAUUAGUGUAAUGAUGUAUUAUUAUUUUAUGUGUUAAUUGUGAUUGUAUUAUCUUAUCCUAUCUAAUCCUGAAAUAAAUAAUAUAAAUUUA